GUCGCCGCCCCGGAGCCACCGUCACCGCCCCAGCCGCCGCCGGCGCCGGUCCCCGGGGGCACCAUGGCGACCGGAGCGAACGCCACGCCGCUGGAUUUCCCAAAUAAGAAGAGGAAGAGGAGCCGAUGGAACCAGGAUACAAUGGAACAGAAGACAGUGAUUCCAGGAAUGCCAACCGUCAUCCCCCCUGGACUUACAAGGGAACAGGAAAGAGCUUAUAUAGUGCAACUGCAGAUAGAAGACCUGACUCGCAAACUGCGCACAGGAGACCUGGGCAUCCCCCCUAACCCUGAGGACAGGUCCCCUUCCCCUGAGCCCAUUUACAAUAGCGAGGGGAAGCGACUCAACACGAGGGAAUUUCGGACCCGGAAGAAGCUGGAAGAAGAAAGACACAACCUCAUCACUGAGAUGGUGGCACUCAACCCUGACUUCAAACCACCUGCAGAUUACAAACCUCCAGCAACCCGGGUAAGCGACAAGGUGAUGAUACCACAAGAUGAAUAUCCAGAAAUCAACUUUGUGGGACUUCUCAUUGGGCCCAGGGGCAACACCUUGAAGAAUAUUGAAAAGGAGUGCAAUGCCAAGAUAAUGAUCCGGGGGAAGGGGUCCGUGAAGGAGGGCAAGGUUGGGCGCAAGGACGGGCAGAUGCUGCCAGGGGAAGAUGAGCCCCUGCAUGCCCUAGUCACUGCCAACACCAUGGAGAAUGUCAAAAAGGCAGUAGAGCAGAUUCGGAACAUCCUGAAACAGGGCAUUGAAACCCCAGAGGACCAGAAUGACCUGCGGAAGAUGCAGCUUCGGGAGUUAGCCCGCUUGAAUGGGACUCUGCGGGAGGAUGACAACAGGAUUUUAAGACCAUGGCAGAGCUCAGAGACCCGAAGCAUCACAAAUACCACCGUCUGCACCAAAUGUGGAGGGGCCGGCCACAUUGCUUCAGAUUGCAAAUUCCAAAGGCCUGGUGACCCCCAGUCAGCCCAGGACAAAGCCCGCAUGGAUAAAGAAUACCUGUCUCUCAUGGCAGAGUUGGGGGAAGCUCCCGUCCCGGCUUCUGCUGGCUCGGCCUCUGGGCCUGCCACCACACCCCUGGCCAGCGCACCUCGACCUGCUGCCCCCGCCAACAACCCGCCGCCGCCGUCUCUCAUGUCCACUACCCAGAGCCGCCCGCCAUGGAUGAACUCGGGACCCUCGGAGAAUCGUCCAUACCAUGGAAUGCAUGGCGGAGGACCUGGUGGUCCUGGCGGUGGACCUCACAACUUUCCCCAUCCGUUGCCCAGCCUGACGGGUGGGCAUGGCGGUCAUCCUAUGCAGCACAACCCUAAUGGGCCCCCACCCCCCUGGAUGCAGCCACCACCACCACCGAUGAACCAGGGGCCCCACCCACCUGGGCACCAUGGCCCUCCUCCAAUGGAUCAGUACCUGGGAAGUACGCCUGUGGGCUCUGGGGUCUAUCGCCUACAUCAAGGAAAAGGUAUGAUGCCGCCUCCGCCUAUGGGCAUGAUGCCGCCACCGCCGCCUCCCAGUGGGCAGCCCCCACCCCCUCCCUCUGGCCCUCUUCCCCCAUGGCAGCAGCAGCAGCAGCAGCCUCCGCCUCCCCCGCCGCCCAGCAGCAGUAUGGCUUCCAGUACCCCCUUGCCAUGGCAGCAAAAUACGACGACUACCACCACGAGCGCUGGCACAGGGUCCAUCCCGCCAUGGCAACAGCAGCAGGCGGCUGCCGCAGCUUCUCCAGGAGCCCCUCAGAUGCAAGGCAACCCCACUAUGGUGCCCCUGCCCCCCGGGGUCCAGCCGCCUCUGCCGCCCGGGGCCCCCCCCCCUCCGCCGCCUCCGCCACCUGGUUCCGCCGGCAUGAUGAUCCGUCCCCGCGGCGGUGGCCCGCGCCAUGCGACUGAGGACUUUCCGCGCCCAUUGGUGACCCUUCCGGGGAGACAGCCUCAGCAGCGCCCCUGGUGGACGGGAUGGUUCGGCAAAGCAGCCUGACUUAUUUUUGUGGACGGAAUCGGAACACGCUGGCUCCAUAUCGUGAAUUUUUUAUUUUUUUUUUCUUCCUUUUCCUUUGUAUUUCCUUUUCUCUUCCUUUCCUCAGACUCCGUCCAAGGAGAUGCUGUCCCCGGUCUUCCGCUGCAGUUAGCCCCCUCUUCCUUCUUCCCAGGCCUAGAUUGUUGGCUUUCUGUAGUGGAGGGAGCAAAUGGAGAUUUCCCCCGUGGUGGGCUGGGUGGAAAGGCCCCUGAUACAGGGGCCUAGUGAGUGCCAGGCUCCUUCCUUCUUGGCUUGUGGGGGUUUUAGUAAGAGAGCCUGAAGAAGUUGUGUGCAGCCCCUCCCGGACACCAGCGUGGCACCCAGCCAGGGCAGUGGCAGGGCUUGGUCCUAUUUGCUCCUCCUGCUGACAGAAUAUCUUUCUUCAAUUUAUUUUAGUCCCAAAUGUCUGAAUGUUUUGUGGUGGGGGGGAGAGGGUCCCCCUCUGCUCCCUCCCUCCCCCCUUCCCUCUUCAUGGAGUGAUUAUGUGGACAAUGAUGUGUAAAGCGCUCUUUCCUCCUCACCGCUUUCUCUGCAGAAAUUUCUUUCGGCCUAUUUUUUGGUGUACAAUAAAUAAAACACUGCAUUAAAAGGGGGAUGUUCCAUUGAGUAAAACAGCA